AUGGAUGAUUUUCAAUAUCAACAACCGCAACGUUAUCGAAUAACGAAUAGACAACGCGAUGAGGAGAAAAAAAGAAAAUCAGGCUCAUCGGGUGGUAUCCCAGAUCGAUGGCUGGAUUAUAUCGGUGUGAACUCUUGGAUUGAAAAUACACGUUUUGUCGCUUUCAAAUGCCCAUUAAAACCGGAAAUGCAAAAACAUCUACCUGAUGACCGCCGCUUCACAUUAGGAGAUCUAGUCGAACGUCUUGAUGAUAGAGGAAAGGAACUUGGAUUAAUCAUUGAUCUAACAAACACCGAACGAUAUUACAAAAGAACCGAUAUCGAAGAUGCACAGAUUGAAUAUCACAAACUGAUGACACCUGGUCACAAUCAAAUUCCGAACGAAACGUGUUAUCAAGAUUUUGCAGCGACCGUACGAAACUUUCUUGAUAGGAAUAAGAAUAAUGAUAAACUCAUUGGUGUUCAUUGUACACAUGGACUGAAUCGAACUGGUUAUCUCAUUGUCAGAUACAUGAUUGAGGAAAUGAAUUUCAAACCAGAAGAAGCACUAGAAGCUUUCAAUCGCGCUCGCGGUCAUUCUAUGGAGAAAUACACAGAAGAUUUACUUCGACGUUCAGUUGUUUCAUAUCAAACACAAAAUAACUCAAAUUCAGUGUCAGAUUCUGUCACCAACGGAGAUCAAAUCCCAUGGCCGUCGUUGUAUUCUUCAUUAGAAAGUAUGUCAUUAGAUGAACGCCGUUCCUCGAAAUAUCAGCCCAAAUCGCCACAUAUCCCAGCAUCUACCUCAAUGCAACAUCAUGAAAAUCGAAAUGAACAAGUGCAUUUCCCAAGUUCAACUCUUGUUCACGAUGGAAAUCACUCUUUUCAAUCACAAGGUCAUGGACGACCAACUUAUCAUCAACCAAAUUCGAUAAAUAACGGUUUUCGUCGUCAAACAUCAGUUACACCUCGUGUUUUAAACGCAUCUUACAAUGAUGAUCAACAUUCCAUCCAGUCAGCAUCGGCCUACUUCGGCUCAGGCAGUAAUGUCGGUCGUGGUCGACCAAUGACUGGUGAUCGAUGA